AUGAACCGGUUUCGCAACAUCAAGCGCAUGCAGCCACUCCAGGGACCCUCAAAAUGGGUCCCCACUCUGGGCGAGUUGCAGAAGACCCUCCAGAAGGGCGAGUACCUGCCCCUCCGCCCGCUGCCCAUGUUCGAGAGUAACUUUGUACAGGUGAACAAUCGAGGGGCCCCCGUGUACGUGCACCACAGAACCAACCGUCUGACCAUGGGUGUGGCUGCCUCCCUGCCAGGCCUGGUACUGCCAGACAUCUUGCUGAUCGCUGAGCGCGGAGAGGGCAGGGAGUGCUCCAACCUCGUCCUCACCAGGAUGCUCCCGCUGGACCUGGCCCACCUCUACGUGCAUGACCUGUCUGCCUGCCGCCUGAAGCUACGCCUGGUCACAGGUCGCUACUACUACCUGGAGCUGGAUGCCCCUGGUAAUGAGCUUGGCUUUCUGUUUGACCGCUGGAUCCGUCUCAUCAACCUACUCCAUGAGCCAGCCACAACCUGGGCCCCCAGGACCCUGAGCACACCAACCAUGGGCCUGGUCCAUGUGGUACCCCCUGCCUCCACCUGGCGCCUCCAGGCCCAGCCCCAGUCCAAACGUUCAGUCAUGAUUGCCGAGCCCACAUUUCCUUACAAGUUGAUGGCAUCUCAGAGACAGAAGAAGACCAAGACCCUCAAGCGCAGAUUCAAGUCUCAGGCCGUGGGCGAUUCUGUGCCUCUUAUCUGGUCGCAUGCAGAGCAUGCUCAAGCUAAGAAGAAACCUACAGAAAAGUCCCAACCAAAACUCUACUUGGACACAUCUCAGAUGAAAAUCCAGGUUUCUGAGAAGCCCAGCAUCACCAUCCGUACCAUCUUCAGCAUCAUUUCCAACACCAUCAACCACACACAGUCCUCUUCCAAGGGUCACUCAUCUGACUCAGAGGUGGGCACGGUCCUCGGAGGCUUAGUGGAGACCCCUGUCCGGUGCAUCUCGGAGGACAGCCAGGAGCCUUCCCUGGUGGGCUCCUAUGACUGCUUGGACGCCUACCUGUGGCAGCAGGAUGUUGAAGACCUGAUGGACCCGGAUACCAGCACCUUGUCUUCUUCCUCCUUCAGCCCCGCCCCUGGCCCUCCAGCCUUCUACUUCCCUCAUGCUUUACCCUCCGGCCGGAAGCACAAGGAAAGGGCUGGGCAGAGGCCGCGGCCAUCGCGCUCCCAGAAGUCCCCAUCUACCCGGGCCACCUCUUCGAGGGUUCCAUUCAUCCUCGACCAGUCCAAGAAGGUCUCGGCAGUGCGCGCCCCAUCCCAGAAGACCUCAGCUGCCCCUGGCCCAUCCCGGAGGGUCCCCACUGCACCUGGUGCUCCUCAGAAGGUCCCCACUGCGCCUGGUGCCCCUCAAAAGCUCCCAGCAGCACGGGGCCCAUCUCGGAAGGCAACACCUGUAGUGACCACCUCCCCGAAGGCCCCACCAGCUCACGGUGCAUCCCGGAAGCCUCCAGCUACCUCGGCUGUUUCUCGGAAGGCCCAAGCCAUACCUGCCCCAUCUCGGAAGCCCCCACCUAUGUUGGCUAGUCCUCAGAAGCCUCCAGCCAUACCUUUCCUGUCUCAGAAGUCCCCACCCACCCUGGCUCUUCCCCCAAAGGCCGUGUCCCCCACUCUCCAAAGGAAGAAAUCUUUGUUCAUCCCUACCCCAUCCCAGAAGGCUGUGACCUCACCUAGUCGGUACAAGAUGACCCCGGAGAGGGCUGAUUUUGGCCUGGGGCCCGAGAAAGGUCCUAGAAGGGAUGUAGCUGAGAGAAGGAAGCAGGAAGGGGCACCCCAGCCCAUGUUGUUCGUGGGCACCCAGGAGAUGGAUGUACUGGAGACGAGGACCCAGAAGACAUCCAUGGAGCUGCCUUUCACCACCACGAAGAAGCAGUCAGAGGAAGUCAUGAUCAGCAAAGCCCGGGAGAUCACCCUGGAUGGCCUGAAGGGCCGGGGCUUGCUGGAGGACAAGGUCCACAGAAAGAAGGAGAAGAUAUCCCUGGACAUGCCUGGCUUCAAAUCCAAGGAGAGGGGAGAGCAGCACAGGUGGCUCAAGACCCAGGAGCUGGCCAUCGAGGGAGGCCCAGAGGAGCAGAGCAGGCCCUUCUCGGUAGAAGGCCUCACGCUCGCCAAGAUGAUGAUCAUGGCCAACUGCAAGGAGCCCCCCCAGAGACAAGCUGCAGUCGGCCUGCCCUCCUGGCUCUCAGCUCCCCACGCAUCUAUGUCAGCAGAGGGAGAUGGGCAGUGUCUCCAGCAGCCAGAAGAUGGACAAUGUCUCCCUGUCUCCCACCCCUUUGCCUGCAUCAGAGGGGGAGGAUACAACCCGGUCGCCAACCUCACUGACCCCCGUGUCAGAAGUGGGAGCUGGGGUGUCCCCACCGCUCAGCAGCAUAUCUCAAGAGCCUCUCGAGCCCAAGGAGAUGUCAGACCUCAGCCCUGUGACCACGACGGGGCUGUCUUCAGUGGGUGUCUCACCCUCACCCUUGGAAGUUGA